AUGCUUCCAAAGUCCCGUCAGGCCCCAUGCGGGCCGCACUUGCACGGCAUGCACAAUCCGCCGAGCCAGGACACGCACAGUGGCAAGGCUUGCUCAGCUCCAGCUUGUUGGGUGGCCGGCGCUGUGGUUUCCAGUAUUCUGUACCUUUUGAAUACUUUUCAGGGCUUCACAGCGGUGGCGAGCUCGGUCCUCGGAAUGAAUGUGACCCUUUCUCUGCUCAGCUUGCAUAUGCUAAGUAAACAACCGGGGUUUUGGCGAGCCUCCUACUGUAUCUGCAGAGGAGUGAUUGAGAGGCGACCAAUGGCAGUGGGGGUAUGUUCGCCAACCAUGUGCAACGCUUUGACUGGAUGGUUCCGGGGGUACUGUUGCUGGGGUCCAGUGACGGAGUUACGGCCCGGUCUCGACGGGUCCGAGUGGGCUCAGUGCAAGCACAACAAAGCCGCCGAGUGGCCAGCGGUCACUCUCGUCGGGUAA